CUCUCUCUCUCUCUCUUCCCCCACCUCUUCUCUCUGCUUUGCAUGUCGGUUUUGCUUCGUUAUAGUAUAUUGCAUUUUCUCUCUCUGUUUUUGGGUUUUGAUCUAAGUAUUUUUUCAAAUUUGAUCAGUCCCUUUCUCUCUCUGCUGCUUUCACAUAUAUGAUCUCAUUUGGCUUCUCUGAGAAAAACCAAUUAACCCAAUCUAUAUCACUCUCUCGCUUCCUUUUCUCUUUUGAAAAUUUCAGCUACUGUGGUUGGUUUAUGGUGUAUGAUGAAUUGGGGGAGAAGAUUUGUGGCUUUAGAAAGUGUUUUGGGGAGAAAGGAACCAUUUCCUCAAGCUAUGAAUGGGAACAAGAAGCGCUGCUCUGACUGCAUGACCACUGAGACACCCUUGUGGAGAGGUGGCCCAGCUGGGCCCAAGUCACUGUGCAAUGCAUGUGGGAUCAGACACAGGAAGAGAGGAAUUCCUACUGUGAGCUUGAUGAGCAAAGCGCCAAAGAGGAGGAGAGAGAAAACAUGUGGCGGUAGUAGCAGUACUAUCACAACCACAUAUAAUAUUGGUGCUUCUGCCACAUACAAUAAUGCUUCUGCCACAACAGCCAAAAGCACUUUUGGUAGUGGUGGUGGUGGCAUAAAUUUGAAUGAGCCUCCUAAGGUGAGGUUUGUGGGUUUUGGUGAGGAGGUGUUUUUGCAAGACUCGCAGGCAGAGGGGGAGGGGGAGAAACAGAGCCAGUGGAGGGAGUGGGGAGAGGUGGAACAAGCAGCUGUGUGUUUGCUGGCUAUGUCAUGUGACUCUGUUUUUGCAUGAAGGGGACAAAAUGUGAAGGAGUAUAUACUAGUAAAU